AUGGAGCAAGCUGUAUCGUUGCUCCAUGCCGCUAAGGCGGCGAAUCUUUCCGAGAAGGAGUCAAAGUUCGACAAUCUUCUUACCUAUGUUCGAGGAGUGCGAGCAGCGCCUGCGCUGUUUGAGGAGCUCCUUCCCCUUGUCCUGGAAAUGCAGUCUGAAGACAAUCCCCAUGUCCGGUCAUUCGUCGUGCAGUUCAUAGAGGAGAGCUGCAAGCGAUUGCCACAGCUUCUUCCUCAAGCUGUCACGGCGCUACUCGAGUUUUCACGCAGUGAGGAUGUCAAUGUCUUGACCAAGGCCAUGAAAGCUGUAGCCGUGCUCUUUCGAAAGACGCUGGUUUUUGUCUGCAGCGAGGAGUAUGAAGUUGACAACGAAGACGCGAUCGCUACUUGGAACUGCAUCAAGGAAUCAUUCGCUGGCAUGAGAGUACACGUUUCCCACGCAAGCGCCAAAGUCAGGAACUCAACAGUGUUACUAAUUCAGUGCAUUGCAAUCGCGUUGGGAGUUUCCGAACAAAACGACAAUCCUGACAUACAAGGAGAGGAUGAGAAUGAUGAGGAAUCCUGGACUAUUAAUUGUAUCCCUCCAUGCCAUCCCGUUCUUGAUUUCGCGGAACUCAAGGCUCUGGGACAAGACUGUGUAAAUCAACUUUUGAGUCUCCUAGACCCCAAAACAUCUACUCCCUUUCAAACUAUGCUCUGUGCCAUCAACUGCCUUGGGCGUAUCGCACGCAAUCAGCCAGUCUUCUUAGGAGAGAUCGAGCCUGUUCUUUCCGCUGCGUGCCGGAACAUCACAAACGUGGAUGCUUGGCAGCUUUCGAGCCUCAAGAGUACCGUCAAGUCAACCAUGCUCGCGCUCCUCAAACUCCCUCGAUGCUCGGCUUACGCGGCUGUUCUCGUGGAUCGGCUCAUUUCUCUUGGGGCCUCCACUCAGGCUGAAGCAGCGCGACGAAUCAUGGAGAAAGAGAAGCAGAAGACGCGGCACUCGGCACCUGGGAGGAAUGUUGUCAAGCGGCAGGCUGAUCCCCGUCUGCAAGAUGCCAGUGCAAACAAGCGAGCGAGGAAUGCUCCAGCCCCUCUCAUUGAGCUUGAGAGAAUACCUCAAGGCAAACCCCCCGAAGAAUGGCCGCCCGAGCUUGUCACCGAGCUUGUGCUGGCUGCGAUGGUUAACUUCCCUCCUGCUCUGCCGCCUCACCUGAUCGACGUUGCCGACACUCCCCUGGGCAUGUGGCCAGAGCGGUUGGCGUUUCCCGGUGCUCAUGCGAAGCCGAUGAACGAGGCGUCGCGGGAUGCGGAGGCUGCGGAGGAUGCAAGCGCAGCGAGCGUGUCGAGCAUCCGGUCGAAGGCGCUGCAGAGCGCUCGACCGCUCAAGAAGGAGACGAUCCAGCAGCUGAUGCAGGAAGCCGUCCUCCGAGUCCUUCACGGGGAGUCAGCGGCGUGGAGCAUAAGAAACAAUGUUCUCGCGAAGCUGAUCGCUAUGGGGGACGUUUGCGAGCAGAAGGGUCCGCGAGAGCGAUACUGGAAGCUGCUGCACGCCGUCAUCGAGGGUCUGCUGAAUCACAGCGAUGGAGCGAACGCUCAGGGAGCGGGGGAGACUCGCUUCCUGACCAAGUUGCUCGCUGAAGUUCCGGCGAUCCAAGAGCAGACGAUGAGCAUCGUGAGCGCCCUCUGCGACAACGACAACGUCAAACUCAGACAGGUCGGACUCUCCUGCCUCAGAGCUCUGAUCAUCAACAGACCAGCGUGUAGGAGGGAGUGCCUGCAAAAACUCUUGGCAUACACUAUAUGGGAGGAUGAUAGCUUCCGAUCCACAGCCAUUCGUCUUAUCGCCAACAAACUUUUUAGCGUCUCCUUUCUCACGGCAGACAUUCAGAGCUUCGCCGUCGCGAACAUGCGGAAGGCGUGCAAGGCGAGCGCGACGAUCGGGGCGGGCGAGGAGUGA